AUGGUGAUUUCAAGCUUUAAUGGAGGUAUUAAGGAAAAAUUGAAGGAGAAGGUAACGGAUAAAAGUGGAAAAGACAAGAUGGUUGUUGAGAACUUUCUUUAUAAUAUACCUAGGAUGUGUCAUAAGCUAUGGGCAAUUAUCAUGUCCCGCACCAUAUUCGUUGCGGGUCGGUGUGUGAUAAUGACGGUGGACAAGAUUAUUAAGGUUACGUAUACAUGCAUGAUACUGCACAGUAUAAUCUUAAAGGACGACAGCCAAACCCCCUUCACCGAGUUAUGCAACUCAAUCAUCGAUGAUGGGUUCGGGUCUCAUAAAUCUCGCAUCAGGGUGUCAAUGAGUCAAGCUCAAGACGCCCUUAAACACGUCUUAGCUAGGUCUCAGUCCACUUUAGAUGCCCAAACCAAUACAACUUUGAUGAAUUGCUUAAAGCUUUACAUAGAUGUCAUAAACCAUAUAAACCGCUCAACAACUCAUAUGAACCCGACUGAUGUCGAAAAAUGGGUAGAAGCAACCACGGUUAACCACUCAGCAUGUCUAACUGGCUUCAAAAACUCCAAUAUUUCUGGAUUGUUUGUAGAUUUACUAGCCAAGAACAGACAUGUAGCUAAUAAUUUCUACAUGACACGCAAUGAUAGAGCGAUUCAAUUAGCCAAACGCGGAGCAACAAAAGCGAAUUUGGUGGUGGCUAAAGAUGGCUCUGGUGAUUUUAAUACAAUAACCAAAGCCAUUGAAGCAUCAGAAAAGAAAAGAAUUGGAAUACGUAGAUUUAUUAUAUACGUGAAAGCUGGUAUUUAUAAAGAGAACAUUAUUAUCAAGAAAUCAAUGAUUAAUUUAAUGCUCAUUGGGGAUGGAAUUGAUGCUACUAUAAUAACCAACAAUAAAAGUGUCUAUGAGGGCAUACCAACUAAUAACACUGCAACCGUCCAGGUUUGGGGUUCGGCUUUUGUUGCGGUUGGGAUAACGUUCGAGAACACCGCUGGUCCCGAGAAACAACAAGCCAUCGCACUCCUGUCAGCGUCACAUCUCUCGGUUUUCUACAAAUGUAGCUUCAAAGGGUACCAAGACACUCUUUGCCUCCUAGAAAAUUCACAAUUUUAUCGCGAAUGUGACAUAUAUGGAACCAUUGAUUUCAUCUUUGGUGACGCUUCUGCCGUCCUCCAAAAAUGCAACAUUUAUGUCCGAAAGCCGUUACAUGGACAAGAAAACACGAUAACGGCUCAAGGAAGAACCAAUUCAAGAUCUAACACAGGAUUUGUGAUACACAAUUCUCGUGUCAUGCCGACCCAUGACUUGGCUCUAACCAAGGGGUCGGUGAUGACGUUUCUGGGGCGUCCAUGGAGGGACUACUCGAGGGUGGUAUAUAUAAAGUGUUAUCUGGAUAUCUUAAUCUACCCUGCGGGUUGGUUGCCAUAUAUGGGGAAAUCUGCAUUUGAUAAAGUGUAUUAUGCGGAGUAUAUGAACCAAGGGAAGGGUGCGAACACUCGUGGUAGGGUGAAGUGGCAUGGAUAUCAUGUUUUGAGGAACAGUGUGGAGGCCGAACAGUUUUCGGUUAGGAAUUUUUUGCAUGGGAUGACAUGGAUUCCUCGUACUAGAGUGCCAUUUGAGUCUCAUAUUUAA